GUGUGGUCCAGGUCUCAAUCUUUCCCAGACUCCCAAAAAUUCUCAAUCACUUCGCUCUUCGAUAAUACUCUCCUCUCCGUGCGGUUCUCGAUCGGUCGAUCGGUUCGCGGAUCGGGAAAAAGGGCUUCCCGACUCGUGACAGCUCCUCCUCCUUUUCAUCCAACCGGAAACCGCGUGGACAAUUCGCGACAACAUUUCGUUUCGUGUGCGUGAAACAUCUCGAGGGGAAGUGGGUCGUGGUCGUCUCUCCCACGUAAAAACCGAUCCCCACCUUUUUCGUUUCUGCGUCCAGGAGUCCGUCAGUGGCGCAACGUGCACGUCCUCGAGAGGAUCCUCCUCGUCGGCUCUCCUUUUUUUUUUUUUGUUUUUGUACGCAACACCUUGUGCCUCACGUUCACCCGUCCACGACAGGUGGAUAUCGACACGAAAGGGGAAAUUAAUAAGAGAAGAGGGUAGUUGUGUGAGAAGAGUAGAGAAGAAUGCCUGGUGCCGGUGGUCAACCACCGCAAAGGACCACCUUCCGACCACCCUGGGUCAAGGAUGGUCCGUCGCCUUUACCCAUGCCUAGUGCACCCUGGGCCCUCAAUUCUAGAAGAGAUUCGAAACCAAAAGUUGAAGAACCGCCUCCAUUUACCCAAGUUACUCUCAAAAGUGUAGCGAAACCAGAAGCGAAAUCCUCGACAGAUGCACAGCCGCGUAAACAAAGCAAGAUCACAAUAAUCCCGUCACAGCCUAAAAGCGAAAAGAAUACGAACAGUCAACCGAUACCGGCGAAGCUCCGCGAGAAUGGACGACAGGAGCCAAAUUCGAGGCCACAGCUCGAACGACAAGUUCGAAUCGAGAGGUCUCGAUCUCGAGGUGAUACGAUACCACUCUCCAAGAGUGAGAACACCACAGGAGCGCCGACAUUAUCGAAAAGCUCAUCGAGAGCAGCGAUUCCGCCACCACCACCUCCAAGACCUCCACCACCACCUCCGAGUAGAACAAUCCUGAAGGAUCUUCCGCCACUAAACAAGAGCCAACAAGAAAAGCUCGAAAUGCUGAAACAGAGACCACGGAAACGUCCAGAUUGGGCGAGUAUGAUGAAAGAAGUUGAAAGCGGAAAAAUCUUGAGGCAUGUGAAGUGCAACGAUAGGAGUGCGCCCUUGAUCGAAAGGGUGAACAAGGUUACAGCUGACCCAGCAGGGAAGGCACACUUUGUGUUCGAAUCUGAAAAAUCGAACAUGCAUAACCAAUUGCUGAAACAAAUUCAGGAAGGUGUAAAAUUAAAGAAAGUGCAAACUAAUGACCGAUCGAAACCGAUAUUAGAAGGUCUGAGAAAAUUCCGAAGACAAUUGACAAUAGAGGAACAAAUGCAAAAGGCUGAAGAACCCACGGAUGACUCUAUAUCUGAUGACAUGGAUGAUAUUGAUGCAGUAAGAGAUGAUUUACAAAGUACUAAACAAAUGCUUGCUAUUGAACUUAGAAAUAAGGAAGCUUUGGAAAGAGAAAACAAACGAUUACAAGCAAGAAUUUUAAAUCUCGAAGCUGAAUUCGAGCAUGAAAAAUCCCAGAAAAGUGUGCAAGAACAAAGGAAGUAUGACGAGAAAAUUACAGAAUCGUUAAAAAAAGAAACUCAACAAGCUAGAAAGGAUGCCGAGAAAUUCGAGAGAGAAUAUAUCAAUGUGUCGGAAGAAAGAGAUAAACUCAAAAAUGAAUUGGAAGAAAUGAAAAGGAUGUAUGCUGCUUUAGAAAAACGAAUGAAAGCUGAGCAAGAGCUUGAGCCUGAGCCAAUAAUUGAACUAGCAGAUGAUGGCGACGAAGCAGCUUGGUACAAUGUUUCAGGAAUGGCACUGGCUGGAUGUCCAAGUGCAAAAGAUGUAGCAAAAAUUGCUUCUCAAAAAAGUAUAGAUAAAAAAGAGCCAAGUGAAAAUGAUGAUGAAGAAGAGGAAGAAGAAGAAGAAGAAGAAAGCUCAGAAGAAGAUGACAAAGAUCCAAAAGCAUCGGAGAAACGGUUACAAAGAGAAAUUAAACUUUUAACAACAAAAAUAAGAAAUUUCAAAGAUAAAGCGAUUAAUGCCAGAAAAGAAAGACAUGCAUUAAAAGAUCAAAUUAAGCAGCAACAAAAGUUAUUAAAAGAAGAAAAAAAGAAAUUUAAACAGCUUCAAAAAGAAGUGGACAAAAUGGCAAAGUUAAUGUCAGAAAGUGAAGAUGAUGAAAAAGAUGAAGAAGAAGAAGAAGAAGAAGAAACAGAAUCUGAAGAAUCCGAAUCUGAAGAAUCUGAAGAUGAAGAAACUGAAACGGAAGAUGAAGAUCAAUCUUUGGAAGGUCAAAGAAAUAUUUUACAGAAACAAUCUAAAAGGCAUGAAGGACGUUUAGCAGCAUUAAGGAAGGGUAACUAUCUACUUAAAGCUCAAGUUGAUAGAUUAAAAGAUGAUUUAGCAAAACAACGAGAAGAAAGUCUUACUCUUCAAGAAGAUCUUGACUCCGUAUUAGCAGAAUUAGGUUAAGUUCAUGUAAAGAGAUUUAAGAAUUAUUAUGAAUAAUUGUAUACAUACACAUAUAAGUAUUACAUAUGGAAAUAUAGAAAAUUUUAUGUCUGAAAAACCAGACGUAAACUAUAAUACACGUACACUCACCUAAACGCUUUUUGUAGAAAAUCUUACACUUAAACAGAAUUUUUAUUCAAUCAACUGCAGGAUAUAUAGUUAUUGUUUUAUAGUAUCGACUAGUAAACACGCUAAUUUGUUUCUUUUAGUAUCUAUGGUAAAUAUUUUACAUGAGUAACGAACUAAAACGGAAACAUCAAAACAUAUUUAUCGAUUGAAACAAAAGACAGAACAUAAAUUUUCUACACAAGCUUCACAUAUUUAUCUAAUAUUUUUUGCAAAAGUGAGAAAUGUUUGUAUAAGAUUAUCAAUAUUGCUUUUUUGCUAUCAUAUUGUUAAAUAUUUUUUAAUAAAGACAAUUAUUACUUAAUGAUACAAUUUCUAUAAUAGGUUAUUAUAUAAACUAAAACUAUCAACAUAACACUCACAUGGUUGCAAUUGAAAUUAAUCGACGAACAGAUUUUUCCAGAAUGUACAAGCUUUAUUUUUCAACGACGAUAUCUUAUUUAGAAUACACAAUAACAUAAGUAACUAUGUUUAUUACGUUUUUAAAAAUACUACAACUACCCGUUAAAGUAGUUUGAAAAGAAACGCACAUAUGACGUAUCAUAAAGUCCCUAGUAAUGCUUCUUACAUUGGCGUCGCAAACAUUUUAUUUGCAUAUAGUAUAUUAUAUUAUGAGUAUAUUUUUAUCGUUGUUAACAAAUAAUAAAAUCUUUGUUUUGUAAUUACAUGUUUAUUGAAUAAUUUUCUUUUUUUGCUGUAUCGAUAUUAUUAAUAAUACAAUGAAAAAAGGAACCGAAAUAUUUCGAAAAUAUUUCGAAAAUAAAUGAGCGAAUAUAAUAGCGGUAUUUUUAAAAUUUAAAAUUAUAUUUGAAAAUCAGAAUAUCACUAUCAUUUCCUGUGAAUUACAUAUUCUAUACAGUGGCGUCAUAGUUUUUGAACAUUAAUUGUAUUUUAAAUGUUUUUAAUACCUUGUAUUAAUUAUAAAAAUGUUUUCGCCAUAAACAAUUUAAUAGCGAGUGUAACGAAACUGAUUACACUGACAGUUGGAAAAAUAUGCUGAAUUUUAGUACGAGCAGAUCAUGUUCUCUAAGAUACAUUUUCACAGAGAUAAUACAAAUAAUGUGAGAUAUUUGAAUUAUACAGCUAACGUUAGUUUCAAGGUGCAGAUAAUAAAUUCUUAUUGCUUGGUAUUAUUAUCGAAUUAUUACGUACAAUAACAAAA